UUAGAAUUUUAAUGAUCGAAUUGAACUGAACGUAGUGAACUGUUGAGAACAUAAGAUUAUGGACUACACAAAUGCUUCUGCGCAUCAAAGCGGCCCGGCGACAGAACCGAGCAGUUGUUCACCCUCAGUGGAUGCAAAAUUCAGUGCUGUUUCGAGUUUCGAGAAGGAAGGUUGUGUUCGGGAACUGUACAAUGUGCAUACCUGUGACUUCUCGCAAAAAACCGCCUGUUUUUCAAACCCAAUCCGAUUUUUAAAUGAAAUGUAGCUGCCACAGUUGCAAGCCGGCCAACAAAACCGACGGUCAUCGAUCCUGGUGAAUCUGGGUUAUGUUGAUAGAUUUCACUCUUGGUGGACUCGCCGAUUCUACACUGCAGAGCUAAUCCUGCCCGAGUUACGGUGCUUCGUCUAAUUUACCGGGCAUCGAGAAGAAAUUUGAAGAAAUGGCGCUCAAUCACGCGCUCAGUGUCGUUGUAGCACUAACUUGCGUUGCUUGUUACUAUAAUAGUUUGCACUGCGAUUUCGUUUUUGAUGACAUCAGUGCUAUUAAGGAAAAUCGCGAUCUCAGACCUCACACUCCCUUGAAGAAUUUGUUUUUCAACGACUUCUGGGGCACCCCCAUGCAUAAGGAACAGAGUCAUAAGUCUUACAGACCUUUGUGUGUCCUGACCUUUCGGCUCAAUUAUCUGUUUGGGCAACUGGAUCCGUUUGGAUAUCAUUUGGUCAACAUGCUGCUACAUUGUGUGGUUUGUCUGAUGUAUUUUAGGAUGUGUUUGAUGUUCCUGCCCGAUAUGGCGAGUUUUGUGGCCGCAAUGCUGUUCGCAGUGCAUCCCAUCCAUACGGAGGCCGUAACUGGAGUAGUUGGCAGGGCGGAAACUCUCUCGUCCGUGUUUUUCCUGGCCGCUUUCCUCUUUUAUACCAAAGCCACGAUAAACAAGAAACUUACAGAUUGGAAAUUUAUUGGCAUGUCCAUGCUCUCAAUAGCGACGGCAAUGCUGUGCAAAGAGCAGGGAAUUACGAUUGCUGGAGUGUGCGCUGCAUACGAAAUUUUCGUUAUUCAAAGGGUGAAACUGGAGGACAUGAAAUCGUUUGCAAAAUCAGCAGUCACACCCAAGUCCAGUUUCCAUCUGCCAAAGUCCAACGCAGCUGCAAAACGGCUGUUCGUGCUGUUCAUCUUCACCAUUCUGCUUCUGUUGGCCAGGCUGCAAAUCAUGGGGUCUCAGCUACCAGUUUUUACAAGAUUCGAUAAUCCAGCUUCAGUAGCUCCAUCGCCCAGCAAGCAGCUCACUUAUCACUAUCUGAUCAGCGUCAACGUGUGGCUUUUGCUGUUUCCUUGCAAUCUUUGCUGUGACUGGACGAUGGGAACAAUUCCUUUGGUGGAAUCUUUCCUGGAUAUGCGGAAUCUUACCACAAUAGCCACAUAUUUGUUCCUUUUGCUGUUGAUUGCCACAGCGUUUUUAACGGAGAAUCGACAUCAACGUGUUGUGCUGAUAAUGAGCACCUCACUUCUGGUUUUGCCCUUCAUCCCGGCCUCAAAUUUGUUCUUUCCCGUGGGCUUUGUCGUGGCGGAACGAGUCCUUUAUAUGCCAUCAAUGGGAUUUUGUAUGCUUAUUGGAUAUGGCUGGCAAAUUACAUCUCGACGAACUGGCAAAAAAAUCGCCUGGACUUUUGUUGGCCUGCUGGUUAUAUCCCAUGGGUGGAAAACUUACCUUCGCAACUGGGACUGGGAAAAUGAAUACACGAUUUUUAUGUCCGGAUUGCGGGUGAAUCAACGCAACGCCAAACUGUUCAACAAUGUCGGGCAUGCUUUAGAAAGCCAAGGUCACUUUGACGAAGCGCUAAAGUUCUUCAAGACGGCAGUAAAGGUGCAACACGACGAUGUGGGCGCAUACAUCAAUGUAGGUCGCACUUAUAACCAUCUGAAAAUGUACAAAGAGGCAGAAGAGGCUUAUCUGAAAGCAAAAUCCUUAUUGCCAAAGGCGAAACCCGGCGAAUCCUAUCAAGCCCGUAUAGCUCCGAAUCACCUGAACGUCUUCUUGAACUUGGCGAAUUUAAUUUCAAAGAAUCACACCAGGUUGGAGGAAGCGGACAUGUUAUACCGACAAGCCAUAAGCAUGAGGGCGGAUUACACGCAAGCUUACAUCAACCGCGGCGAUAUAUUGAUAAAACUGAAUAGAACCAAAGAGGCUCAAGAAGUUUACGAGCGAGCUCUUUUGUACGACAGCAAUAACCCCGAUAUAUACUACAAUUUGGGAGUGGUGUUUCUUGAGCAAGGCAAAGCAUCCCAAGCCUUGGCCUAUCUGGACAAAGCCUUGGAAAUCGACCCAGAGCACGAGCAGGCUUUGCUGAACUCCGCCAUUCUGCUGCAAGAGUUCGGCAGGCCGGACUUCAGAAAAAUCGCCAAGGAAAGACUUCUGAAGCUACUGAUCAAAGACAAAAACAACGAGCGCGUUCACUUCAACCUGGGAAUGCUGGCCAUGGAUGAGAAGAACAUCGCUGAAGCUGAGCAGUGGUUCAGAAGAGCUGUGCAUUUGAAGGUGGACUUUCGAAGCGCCCUGUUCAAUCUGGCACUGCUUCUGGCUGAUGAUGUUCGGCCUCUAGAGGCGGCGCCUUUUCUGAACCAACUAGUCAAGUAUCAUCCUGAUCAUGUUAAAGGUCUGAUCCUGCUCGGGGACAUUUACAUUAACAGCAUCAAGGACCUGGACGCAGCUGAAAACUGCUACAAGCGAAUUCUGGAAAUUGAGCCCGAUAACAUUCAAGGCCUCCACAACCUUUGCGUGGUGCACGUGGAGCGAGGGAAACUUUUCGACGCCCAAACCUGCCUGGAAAAGGCGCACCAACUGGCUCCGGAGGAGGACUAUAUUGUGAAGCAUUUGGGAAUAGUGCAGAAUCGUAUCGGCAAGCUUCAUCUCAACGAAGAUGUUGCUGACAAUAAGGAGAAAAGCAAAGUCGUGUCCAAUAAAAGUGUGGAUGAAAAUGAGAAGAAAACUGAGCCGGUGAUAAGCAGGGACACUGAAAAACAGCGCUAUAGUAGUAGGGUUGUAAAUACUGAGCCAAUGUUUCUCAAAAGCAUUGACGAUGCGAAUGAGCUUCACAGCCUGGAGGUGGAAGAAGUGGCUUCGUCAAAAAAAGUUGAGCACAAUACCAGCAGUUCGGAUCGAAGGCGCAGUCGAGCGGACAAAGAUGAUCCCUCAUCUGGAAUGUCGUAGCAAUGAAUAGAUUUGUGAAUACAUAGAGAGUAACUUAUUUUACUAACUCGUUUUAACUUACUUGUACUACUUACAUUCUCUUAAGAACUUUUAUACGAGCUGGUGAGUAUUGAAUGAUUGCAUCAUCCUGAGUAUUAUUUUUUCUGAGCCCCCUGAUGGAAUUUAGUGAGACUUUUUUCCGCAUCCUUCAACACUCACAAACAGAAGCCAUUAGAUGUAGUGUUCAUUCUGUGAUACCCAGAAUAAUCGUUUUGAACUAUUUUGAAUUAAACAGUUGAUGUAUUCGGCUCUAAAUUUUAUACAUAAGAGGAAUGGCGUUUGUACUAUAGUGACUUACGGUUUACAAUCAUUUUCAUUGUUUUCCUUUCCCGUAGAUUUUGAAAAAACUAGUCUUCCUAGAGUGUCAAAAGGUUUUCAAUUGAAACGUGUUAGUGUCCACACAUGUUUGUUUGCUUUUAGUUCUUCAAGCUUAUUGUGAUUAUUUAUUCCUACCUAUUCCACUAUUUUGUGAUAGCACUUUGAAGCUCUAGCUAGGUUAAGCUCUACUUAGUUGAGCAUUUUUCAGGAUUUAAGUUUAAGAGGGUGUUGAUGAUUAAUUCUUUUGACGGCAUAUCUGUACUACUUACUAGCGUAACGCUACGCAAAUGUUUAUAAUAAAUGUCUCGGUGUAAACAUCCUUUAGCCAAUAGCUUAGGACAUCCACGUGGCCAAAUUGUUCAUACAAUUUCAUUAGUGUGUUAUUGGAAAUCAAUAUCCCCGAUCAACAGCAUUUCAGCUACAGUGGAUUCAAUUAAAAAAUUUAGUUUUUUAAAGGUGCCUUGAAAUCUUUAAGUAAGGCGGAACGAAAAUGAUUUUGUAAUAUAGAUAUAAAUAUUUUUCUAUGUUGUGAAACUGUUCAUAGAUUAAUGGAAAUAAUGUAUAAAAAUCUAAUGUGAAAAGUAUAAUGAUUGUCCUAUGACUGAGUUGCGUUCUGUUAGUUCUUUUUCAAAUUUUCUAAAAAUUGUUAACCCCAAAUAUACACUUUUAUAAUAAAAAUGUGCUGCAUCUGAA